UCCGGCUUCUUUCUCCCCGCCUGUCGAAUCCCGGGCUUUGCAGGAAAGCUUUCAAUGGCGGGAUGUAUCGAGCCUGUGCUCCUUCCAGAUGUGGAGACUACAGUUCCCAGAAUUCCUAGCCAGCUGCAGUUAGGCCGCCGUCUCGUUGAAUUUAGGCCUUUUAAGUCUCGGCUGUUGGGUGGUGGCGACUCCCCAGAUUCCCAGCCAGCCAAGACCAUGCCUUUGAGGACAUGCAGACCCAAGACCUCUGUAGAACAGGGGUUGGCUAUAGUCAAGCAGCUGCAUUCGCCUUUUGCUCCCCUCUGAACUCUCAUCUCUAUUAAUUCCAGUCACCAGACAUUUUGGUUUGCUUGCCUCUUGUGUUCGUUGAGCUGCAAACCAUGAUUUCCGACUAGAUAUGUUGCAUGAGCAGGCAUGCAGCAUAUUAAGUAUUUAAACCAUGGUUAAACAGAUUAUGGUGUAGCUUGUUAAAUGACAGCAGCUUUGCUGUUUCCUAUUCUGGAAUCAGGUUUUGAUAUUUCUCCGGCAUUAUUUCUUUCUGCUUCUUAUAUUCCUCUUAAAAUAUGUGGCUGGUGCUGAUUAGACCAUAACUUAAUUCCCAUCCUAUAUUGUGCACCCACUUCUUAUUUAGUGGCUACUUUGGUUGGUGACCAUCCACAAAUAGGAUGGUAACAGAAAUUCAGUUUCCUACCAACGUGCAAAUUUAUGACUCAAUCCAUGCAUCUGACUACAAGAGUGAGUGUGAAUGAGACUGCAGCUUGUCUUUGUCAGUCAGAUGUUCACCUGUCACUAAAUGAGGAAUGAUUGUAAAACAGGUUGAUUCCAGCUCUCUUGUUAAAAAGUAUGAGGUUAUUAGUGAUGGUGCGGGGACAUCUUUCUGCUUAAAACCAUUGAGAAUUGCUUCUGAGCAAUUCACUGAGCUAAAAGGAAAAAGUCUAGGAUAAAAGACAUUGCUUCUCUAUUGGCAAAUAUCAGGUUAGAUCUGUUGUAGUUACCUGACUUGAGAAGUGAUAUAGCCUUUUUAGUGUGGUUUUGAUAGCUGUUUUGGAUUAUAGCUUUCUACUUGGUUAGACAUGUAAUCUGGUCCUUGGAGAAUAGUUGAGAAUAGAUCCACUGGAGUACAUCAUAAUCUAUUCACGUUCUGAGAACCAAACUUAAAACAAUCUUUCCAAAGCUAAUCUGUAUGACAAAAUUAUGAUGGGGAUAUGAUUAUACGAAUGGUUACUACAUAUGCUUUAGUGAGAAAAAAAGUGAGAUAUGAUUAAGUAAAAACAUGCAUAUUUGCCAACUAAUAGUGUUGCAAAUUGAAGUGUCUCUCCCACUGAGCCCUCCUUAACUGCUCGGCAUAAAUCUAGUGAAUAGAAUUGCUUGAGGUGACUCAGGCCUUCCUUUUUAGGAAUCAUUGAAAAAAAAUUCUUUUAAUGAAGCUAUGCUUUGUACAGCUAGAAGAUCUACAUUUUCCUGAGUCAAGGAAAUCUUUGUCAGAGCAGAUUCAACCCUGGUAUUUCUGGUUAAUAGGCUAAGAUGAUGGAUAAAUAUCGCCCACACCUUCCUGAAACAAUAUUUGCAUAAAGGGGUGAUGCAUCUCUAGCUGAUGUCACUGCUACCCUGGAAACAGAAUCAUCCAGUGGAAAGGAUGCCUUGGAAGGUGUGGGUGAUGGUUCUGAAGUCAUGGAUAACCAGACUAGCUCUGUGGAUGAGGAUAAUGGAAGACAACUUGGAGAGAUUGAACUGCAAUGUGGGAUUUGCACCAAGUGGUUCACCGCAGAAACAUUUGGGAUUGAUACCACAUCCUGCCUUCCUUUUAUGACUAACUACAGUUUCCAUUGCAACAUUUGCCAUCACAGUGGGAAUACAUACUUCUUAAGAAAACAAGCAAAUUUAAAAGAAAUGUGUCUUAGUGCCUUGGCAAAUCUGACUUGGCAAUCGAGGACGCAAGACGAACACCCCAAAACCAUGUUCUCAAAAGACAAGGAUAUUAUACCCUUUAUUGAUAAGUACUGGGAAUGUAUGACAACAAGGCAAAGACCAGGAAAAAUGACUUGGCCAAACAAUAUUGUAAAAACAAUGUGUAAAGAAAGAGAUGUGUUUUUGGUGAAAGAGCAUCCGGAUCCAGGUAGCAAAGAUCCGGAAGAAGAUUACCCCAAAUUUGGACUCUUAGACCAGGACCUUGCUAAUAUUGGUCCUGCAUAUGAUAACCAAAAACAGAGCAACACUGUAGCUACUCCCGGAAGUCUAAAUGGUGGAGCCUCUUUGGGAGGGGGUCUUGUGCCAGGAACCAGUGGGAAAGGAAGGGGGGCCAAACGCAAACAGCAAGAGGGAGGAACUACAGGAACAGCCAAGAAAACGCGGAGUGAUCCUUUGUUCUCUGCUCAGCGUCUUCCACCCCAUGGCUAUCCGCUGGAGCACCCUUUUAAUAAGGAUGGGUACCGUUACAUUUUGGCGGAGCCGGACCCCCAUGCUCCUGACCCAGAGAAGUUGGAGCUAGAUUGCUGGGCGGGAAAGCCUAUCCCUGGAGAUCUCUACAGAGCCUGCCUCUACGAACGGGUCCUCCUAGCUCUGCAUGACCGAGCUCCUCAGUUGAAGAUCUCAGAUGACAGGCUGACAGUCAUUGGGGAGAAAGGCUACUCGAUGGUACGAGCCUCCCAUGGGGUGCGAAAGGGAGCUUGGUAUUUUGAAAUAUCCGUGGAUGAGAUGCCACCUGAUACGGCUGCGAGACUUGGGUGGUCUCAGCCUUUAGGAAACCUUCAAGCUCCCCUGGGCUACGACAAAUUCAGUUACUCCUGGCGUAGCAAGAAAGGGACCAAGUUCCACCAGUCCAUCGGCAAACACUACUCAUCCGGUUACGGCCAGGGGGAUGUGCUCGGUUUUUAUAUCAGCCUUCCUGAAGACACAGAAACAGCCAAAUCCCUGCCAGAUACCUACAAAGACAAGGCUUUGAUCAAGUUCAAAAGCUACUUGUACUUUGAAGAGAAGGACUUUGUGGAUAAAGCUGAAAAAGGUUUGAAGCAAGCUCUGGGAAGCCAGAUAAUCUUCUAUAAGAACGGCACCAGUCAAGGAGUUGCAUACAAAGACGUUUUUGAAGGUGUUUAUUUCCCUGCAGUAUCUCUGUACAAAGGCUGCACGGUUUCUAUCAACUUUGGACCCUAUUUCAAAUAUCCGCCAAGAGAUAUUAGUUAUCGCCCGGUCAGUGACAUGGGCUGGGUCGCCGUAGUAGAACACACGCUGGCAGACGUCCUGUAUCACGUGGAAACAGAAGUGGACGGGAGACGUAGUCCACCUUGGGAGCCUUAAAAGACGCGGUGUAUUUAUUUUUUAUUUUUUACAAAAAGAAAAAAAAAUAACACGCUUGGUGGUGGCAGAGCGGGAAAAGUAAUAAAUGUCUCUUUUUUAAGUUUCUAGA